UUUAAUUCGAAGUUCCUUGUUUACCAGCAAAUUUUUGCGCUUAUGUCUUUAUGUUUAUGAGAAUUUGGCGUGAGAAGUGGCUUAGUGCGUGUGUUACGAGUGUCAUUUAGUGUUCAUGGAAAACGCAAAUUACGAAAAGAGCCCUAAAGAUUAUAUGGGUGAACAGUCUACAGAGGAUGACUUGGCCGCCGUUACUGCGAGGACGUUAAAUGACAUUUUAAUGGAAGAUCCUUUAAUGUGCGAUUUGCCCAAGAAUGUGACUUUAGAAGAGGUUAAUUCGCAAAUUGCGCUACAACAAGGACAGUCAAUUACAGUGUUUAUCGACAGGCAUAAUGAAACUACGGUACCAGUUGUGGUGCCGCAAAGAGGUUCAACUGUUUUGGAUUUGAAGAGAGCUUUUCGCCGAAACAUGUCAUUAAAGCUUGCCCGAGAGAAGAUAUACACCAAAAUCAGUUGGCGCUAUGUUUGGAAAAAUAAUUGGCUGUAUUUUGAAGGUCAGAAACUGAAAAGUGACAGUGAUUUGUUGGAAGACUUGGGAAUAUGGAAUAAAUGUCAUGUUAGUUUUAUCAAACGACUGAGGGAAAAGGGGAUAAAGAACUGACACUAUUUGCUGAUGCAAAAUACUUUUAUGUAUAUUUAGACAAGUGAUCUCACAGUAUAAACAUUUUGUCACAUUGUACUAUCUUACAACAUUUUUUUUUUUUACAUGUGUUCAUUACGUACAAAGAUUGUAGUACAAUGCAAUGUGGUCACAGAAAAUAAAUUGAUCCUUCUUUAUAGAAAUGUAAUGCAAUUGGGUUGAUAAAACAAUCUACUCACCAUGAGGUGGCAGGAAAAAAAAACCAUGUAAAGAUUCUGAAAUUUGUAAGCUUUUAGAGUCAGUGGCUCCUCCUCCUGGCAGGAGGGCUGAAGAGGAAGGGACUACACUGGAAGAGAUUUGGAAAUCUGAGAGCUUAAAGAUAGAAGACAGGGCACUAAG